GGAUUCAUUGCUUCUCUCUCUCCAGACUCCAGAGAUCUAUUUAUUCAUCUCGAUUCCUUACUCAAAGCCCCAUUCACUACUUCUACUUCUCACUGCCUUCAACCUCAACAAACGCUGUUUUCUUCUCUCAACGCCAUUCUCUCUCUCUCUCUCUGCGACCUAUUGACUUCCUUCCUUCCCCCUUCUCACUCUUUAAUCGGCGCUAAAAAAGUUUCGACAUCUCUGAUUCCAAGGAACUUGUUUCAACAUCGAUCUUUCAGGUUAUCAGAAGUCUGGUAGCAGUUGCUUAAAUUGAUCAAUACAAAAAAUCAUCAGCAGCCCAGAGAUGAUAUCCGCCCUGGGUUCAGAAUGUUGUACCAAACCUCUGGCCAGAUAUGCUGUGAAUCAUAUAUUUUGCUAGGCAGAAGACUCAAAUUGUUUAGAGCCAAGGAUAGAGUAGUAUCAGCUUGUGGAGGAAAAAAGGACGGAAAAAUGAUCAAUAAAUCACUUCUCUUGACCUACCUGUACUUACUAAUAUACAUCACGCUUUCAUCGGGAGUUAUAUUAUACAACAAGUGGGUUCUCUCUCCAAAGUACUUCAAUUUUCCGUUUCCUAUAACGCUGACCAUGAUUCAUAUGGGAUUUUCUGGAGCAGUAGCAUUCUUGCUUGUUCGUGUUUUCAAGGUUGUAUCUCCUGUUAAAAUGACAUUUGAGAUAUAUUCGACGUGCGUGAUUCCCAUAAGCGCCUUCUUUGCUUCAAGUUUGUGGUUUGGCAACACUGCAUACUUGCACAUCUCUGUGGCCUUCAUCCAGAUGCUCAAAGCCCUAAUGCCAGUGGCAACAUUUCUCAUGGCUGUUUUAUGCGGCACUGACAAAUUAAGGUGGGAUGUGUUCUCCAACAUGUUGCUGGUCAGUGUCGGAGUUGUCGUUUCCUCAUACGGGGAAAUACAUUUUAAUGUAGUGGGUACAGUUUACCAGGUUACAGGCAUCUUUGCAGAAGCUCUUAGGCUUGUUUUGACUCAAGUCCUCCUGCAAAAGAAGGGCUUGACUCUGAAUCCUAUUACCAGCUUAUAUUACAUAGCUCCCUGCAGUUUCAUGUUUCUGUUUGUACCUUGGUAUUUCCUGGAGAAGCCUGGGAUGGAGGUUUCACAGAUCCAGUUCAAUUUCUGGAUCUUUUUCUCCAAUGCUAUUUGUGCAUUAGCAUUGAACUUCUCUAUUUUCUUAGUAAUCGGUAGAACUGGAGCAGUUACCAUUCGAGUUGCUGGUGUUCUGAAAGAUUGGAUACUGAUAGCCCUUUCAACUGUUGUGUUUCCUGAGUCGACCAUUACUGGGCUGAAUAUUAUUGGCUAUGCGAUUGCACUAUGUGGUGUUGUGAUGUACAACUACUUGAAGGUGAAGGACGUUCGUGCUUCUCAACUUGCCCCUGAUAGUCUCCCAGAAAGAAUUGCGAAGGACUGGAUGUUGGAGAAGAAAUUGUCUGACCUACUGACACCAGAUAGUAGCGAUGGAGUCACUAGUUCUGCCUCUGAGUUGAAACUAGAUGAAGAGGCACCUCUAAUUCCUUCAUCAAGACUAUCAUAUAUUGGACGUUCACAGCUUGGCGGGCAAGGUUCAUAACUGCAAAGGACUGCAUGUAGAUAAACAUCAGGGAAACAUUUAGUUGUUAAGUCAAAAGCAAGAGGAAGAGAGAAAGCACGCUUAAGCGUAUACUAUACAGCUAUUAGAUUGCGUAGAAAUUCAUUUGUUGCGGGAAAUAUAGCUUGUCAUACAAAAGCUGGGGCAUUAAACAAACAUGAAUGUGUCUUAUGGAUUGUAGUUUUGUGUGACAUGCCAACCAUAAUGUUACUCGGAGCUCUUAAUUCUUACACCAAAUUCAGAUAUAAUUUUUAUGCUAAUUUACUUGCUUUA